AUGACUUUUGUGGGCUACAAGGAGAUCAUCGAGGAAGGAGACCUCAUACUGGCAUUCAUCGGCAGAGACGCCAUCAAACCCAUCAGAGUCGACAGCUCAGAGACUUUGAACACAAGAUACGGUGUGUUUCCUCAUACACUGAUGAUUGGACAGCCUUAUGGAUCUCAAAUCACAAGUUCUAAAGGUUAUGGGUUUAUUCAUUUACUUCAGCCUACUCCAGAGCUAUGGACAUUAUCUUUACCACAUAGAACCCAAAUUGUCUACACUCCAGACUCCAGUUAUAUAACACAAAGAUUGGGAAUAACUAAUGGUUCAAGAGUUAUUGAAGCUGGUACAGGUUCAGCUUCAUUUUCACACUCUUUAGCUCGUACAGUACACCCUCAUGGACAAUUAUUUACAUAUGAAUUCCAUCACUUUAGAUAUGAAGAAGCGAAAAGGGAAUUUGAAGAACAUGGAUUAAAUGAAAUCAUAAUAAAUCAUAGAGAUGUUUGUAAAAAUGGAUUUGAAUUGGAAAACUAUGAUGGUGAAAUUAAUGCUGAUUCCAUAUUUUUAGAUUUGCCUGCUCCAUGGGAAGCAAUUCCUCAUUUACCAAAAGUUACAAAUAAAAAUGAAAAAGUUGGUAUUUGUUGUUUUAGUCCUUGUAUUGAACAAGUUGAUAAAACAGUACGUGCCUUGACUGAAAAUGGUUGGACUUCUAUUGAAAUGGUUGAAAUCCAAGGAAGAAGGUGGGAAGCUCGUCAAGCAAUGGUUAGACAAGUUGAUGAUGCUAUAGCUAGAUUAAAAGAUGUCAAACAACGUAAAUUAGAUGGUAUUGAAAGGAAAAGAAAGUUUUAUGCUGAACAUGGUGAUAAUAAUUCAAAAGAAACUGAAAAUGAUCCUGAAACAAAACGUGAAAAAAGGAAAUUUGACGAACAAGAAAAGACAAAAGUUGACAAGACUGAGUUUAAUCCAUUUGGUAAAGGUAUGAGAAUUAAAGAAGGUGAUCCAACUUAUAAUUGGGUGAAAGUAUCUAAAAAUGAAGCUGAGUUGAAAUCACACACUUCAUAUUUGACAUUUGCAUUUAAAGAAGCUGUUCCAAACUUGGACAAAUAG